AAAAAUUCCGCCGUGGGUGUUUCUGUUAUUUUCUGUUGAUUUUGUUUAGAACUGUGUUUAAGUUUGUAUGUGUUUCCUUGGAAAAUGAAUGAAAAAAAUCAAGAAAAAUUGUUCAGUUUAUUUUCUGAUAAAUGUGCACAAAUUUCAGUUUUAAUCCAAUGUUCUUCUCACCAUCUGCAAGGAGGUCAACCAUGAGGAAGGAGAGGGUCAUUGGGAAAGUCCUCCUUUCUUAUUUUCAGCAAAGUAAAUGGCAUGCCCGUAUCCAGAUUUCACACGUGCGAGGCCACUAGAGGAUUUUUGGGGAAAUAGGUUGUUGUUGAAAGGAUAGGGAAAAAAAGAAUAGAAAGGAAGGAGGUGAAGAAGGAAAAAGAAGAAGGGGGUCCAAGAUCUGGAAACCAAAUUUGGGUUUUUGUAUUUUUGUUAUUUUUUAUUUUUUGUUUAAUUUUUUGUUUGGAAGUUGAUAGACACUAGUAUGAAUUUUCUUGAAAUGGAAUGACUUAGAACUAAAUGUUGUUAAAUUUU